GUGCCACAAACCCAAGAAUGUGGUCGUUAACUCUUAGCUUCUCCCUCGUCUUUUUGACAUUUGUUCAAGCACGAGUUAUUGUGGAUCCCGUCGCUUUUGCCACAUACGACGACGAUACUGCACGUAACAAAUUCUUCCCAUUGGCUGCUGCAGCAUACUCAUCAAAUCCGCAAACUUGUCUCUCUGCUAAAUUCAAAAAUGCUCAGCUUCGUCGCCAAGUGAAUGUUCAAUGUGACACUGGAAAGAAUGACAUUUGUUCUGCCUACACUGCAUUGCUAGCUGGCAAUAAUGCUAUUGUUCUCAGCUUCAGAGGAACUCAAGGAUUCCUUCAAUUGAUUGAAGAAGCAGACAAGUCAGUAUUCCAAUCACAAUCUCAAUGGGUUGCCGGUGGAAAAGUAUCAAAAUACUUUGGAGAUGCAUUUAAUAAACUUUGGAAUGGUGGAAUGAAAGAUGAUUUCAAUAAUCUUUUCCAUAAUAAUCCAAAGUUUGAAGUAUGGGUUACUGGACAUUCAUUGGGUGGAGCAAUGGCAUCAUUGGCUGCUUCAUUCCUUAUUGCUAAUAAUAUUGUACCAGGAAAUCAAGUGAAAUUGGUUACUUAUGGGCAACCAAGAACUGGAACAACUCCAUUUGCAGUUGCUCAUGAUGCUCAAAUGGCUUAUUCAUAUAGAGUUACACAUAAUAGAGAUAUUGUUCCACAUAUUCCAAAUGAAGGAAUGGAAGAUUAUAAGCAUCAUAAAGCAGAGGUUUUCUACAAAGAAUCAAUGAAUGCUGGAGCUUCUUUCAAAGUUUGCUCAUCUUCCGAUGAAUCGAAUGAUUGUUCCAAUGGACUUUUGAUUACUGCAUCUGUUUCUGAUCAUCUCACUUAUUUCACCAAAGACGUUUCCCAGUGGGGAGAAGCCGGAUGUAACUGACAUCACAAUUUUCUUUUUGAAUAAAUGAUUUACCAAUG